CGACAAGUCAAAACUGGGGUGUAUUCCAGCGCAGCCUUUCGCAGCACUGUUUCUAUCACUCGCGUUCAAGAAAUAUUUUUCUUUUAGAUUCUUUUGAUUCUCUUGUGAAGAUUUCAAGAUGACAGAGGAUUUUGACGACUCAGCUACCGGUGACCGUUACGAAAAUCAAGCCAAUGCACUUGCAGCUUGGUUCAUUGGACCGAGAGCAGAAAAUCAUGAGUUAUUUAACAAACUUAUCAGCCAAACAAUCACUCAGCAUCAGCAAAAUCGUAGAAAGUACUGGCCAACGGACCCACAGUAUGUAACCAAAAAGAAGAAGGCCUCUCUGCCUUACAGAUAUGAGAAAAAAGAACUCAAGGAAAAACUCAAAACAAUGAACAGCGAGUUGGAGCAGAGUACUCCUGUUUUCAGCGCACGUUUUCAGGGUCACAUGAACUGGGAUGUUUCAAUGCCAGCUAUUCUGGGUUAUAUUUCGGGAAUGGUAUGGAAUCCAAACAACGUGGAUGUUACAGCUUCUAUUACUACACCUUAUGAAAUCCUCGCUGCUGAGCAGAUUUGUGACAUGAUUGGUUUUGAUGAUCCAGUUAUUGAGCCAUGGGGACACAUAACUUGUGGUGGGUCAAUUGCUAAUAUUGAGGCAAUGUGGGCAGCUAGAAACAUGAAAUUUUACCCUUUGAGUUUAACGGCUGUAAUGAACGAGUCCGAGCUUGCUAGCGCAAGGACUUAUCAAAUCUUGGUUCCAAAAGAAGAGCACCCUAAACCUGAUGGUGACAAUGACUAUGUCAUGAGGGAGCUGCAAUUAUGCUCAAAUUGGCAGAUGCUGAAUCUUAAUACGGAUGAUGCCUGCAGCAUGGCAGAUGGAGUGGCAACGGCUACUGGUUUAUCAUUGGAUAAAAUUUCUGAACUCGCUCAUCAAUACGCUUAUACAUCCAUGGGUAUAGUUAAUUUUCAUCAGGUACAUAACAUAGCGGCGCCACACGUGUUUGUACCAGCAACAUGUCAUUAUUCGUGGCCAAAAGCAGCCACAGUUCUUGGAAUUGGCGAGGACAAUCUGAUCCAUAUUAAAGUCGAUGAACUGGCAAGACAGGAUGUAAAAGAUCUAAGAGAUCAACUUGACAAGUGCGUAUUUGGCUCCAUUCCAGUGAUCUCGGUCACAGCUGUUAUUGGUAGCACUGAGGAGAGUGCAAUAGAUCCUUUAACUGAAAUACUCGAAAUAAGAGAGGAGUACAAAAGAAAGGGUUUGAACUUUGCCGUGUUAGCAGAUGCUGCUUGGGGAGCAUACAUGAGAACCAUUCUUAUAGAUCCUGAUGAUCCUGCGGUUCAAAGGAUUGCACAGAGAAGAAAAGAAAGGCGAGGAACGAGCGUUAGUGAAACUGCAAAAGCGUCACCUUUGAGAGCAACUAACCCUAUUGCACCUCUUAGCCAAUAUGCAAUAGACAAUUUGAAUGCUAUGAAGCUUGCUGAUACUGUCACUAGUGAUCCACACAAGACCGGAUAUGUUCCUUACCCAGCAGGAGGAUUGAGCUAUCGUAAUGGUACUAUGAAAGAGUUUGUGAGGCUUGCCGCACCAGAGGUUUUUCACAGCGCUGAUGAUCUCUCUGUUGGAGUAAAUGGCCUGGAAGGAUCAAAACCUGGUGCUGCAGGUGCAGGAGUACUACUUUCACAUCAGGUUAUUGGCUUGGAUAUGUAUGGAUAUGGUCGCAUACUGGGUCAGUGUGUCUACAGUUCAAAGAUAUAUUACUGCUUGUGGCUGCAUCUUUCAAAACCCACCGAUCCUUUUGUUAUUAAACCAUACACUCGAUGCAGCGAAGAAGACAAGAUCGCUAUUAAAAAUGAAAUAAUUGGAAAGACCGACAAGGAAAUCAGUAAGAACCCAGUUGCAAUGGAUUUGUUAAACCGAAAUGGACCGGAUUGCAUGAUCAACAAAUUUGCAGUAAAUUUCAAGAUAAUGCAAAGCGGCUCUUCUGAACUAGUUUUGAAUCCUGACGUUGACAUGUCAACAGAAUAUUCCAAAAAGAUUGGCAGAUUGCUUUCAGUAAAUGCUGGUAAAGACAACCAUAGAGUUCCAUUGGUAAUAUUCCAGUCUCUCAUGGAACCAGAAACAUUUGGCCCUGCUUUGGUAGAGUUUGAGAAAGAAGAACUUGGUCUUACACAGAACAAUGAAAGUCAAUUUGGGUGCAUGGUCAAUACUGUUAUGAACCCAUGGCAAGCAAGUGGAAACUUUGUUUGGGAAGCUGGUGAAAUUUAUCGUGAAUGUUGUCUUCUUGCUUAUGGAUGGCAAAACGAUCCUGUAUCUAGGCAUAAAUUUUACUGUGGAGAUUUGCAGCACAGCAUUGAAAACGGAUGGUUCUUUUAUGCAAACUAUGUUGGUCAAUUGAAUGUUGUUGGUCAUCAAUAUGAAUGCGUGACGAAAUUUGGCAUCAGUGACUCAGAUUAUGACAUAAUGAGACCAUACAUUGCCAACGGUGAUUUGUUUGUAAUAGACAAAGAUGCAAAUGAAAGAGUUCUGUAUCAGCUACUUUUAGAUGCUGAAGGAGGUUUGCCCUUCGAGCUGCAAACGGCUAACAAGGAGAUUGUGACACUCAGAGUGUUGGACAUGCCACGUGUUAAUCAUUUCCCAACACCCUCGGACCCAGAUCUUAAAUAUCCAGAUCAUCACGAGUAUUUCAUGUAUGGCGAAGAUGGGAAUAUUUACAUUUCUCACAUUAUCACCAAACAUCCAGAUUUUCAACAGGUGGUGAAGGUUGUCAACACUCCAAUGAGUGGUGAGAAAGAUGAUUGGCUGCUUUGGUAUGGCUUCCCAGUUACGUUCACUGAACUUCCAGUAGACCAGGCAAACACCUCAAAAAAUCCGCUGACCAAAACUGAUUUUACCUAUCAUAUCAAGUUCAUCGGUGAAAAACACAGAAGCCGCGAAAUGGAUAUCAUUUUGAAAGAUAACACGGGAUGGUUCGAUAAUACAAUUUUGAACGCAAGUGCUUAGAUAAAUAAACUUUUCUCUUUUAUUUCUUAUAUUAAAUUACCUUUAGAGUAAUGAGACAUUAGAUGUGCUGAAAUGGAUUCGCGUAAACUUUUUGUACUAGGGUAUUGGUAGCUUGAUAUAUUUACUACUUUAAUUUUGUAUCGGAAGAGAACAAUUAAAUGCAUUUGAGGAAACUUUA